AAUUCACUUUAUCGUAUGAGGAGAGAAGUUGAUUCUGUUUCUGGUGUUGAUUAUUUUCCUAUCAAAGAUAAUCCUCAGUUUUCUCAAGUCUCUUUCACCCAAACUAUUACAAAUAGGUAUUCUGCUAUUGUUCCUACCAACACAAUUGUCAAUGUUCAAUAUGAUAUUGAACGUGUCAAACGUGCCUUGGAUUCUAAUACCAAUAUUUGGAAUCGUCCUUCAUUUCAUCCUCCAACUUUUGCUGAUAAUCAUAGCGAGAUCUUGAACCCUGAACCUCUUAAUGUCGUGUUUCCUCACCAAGACUCUGCUUCUCGUCAGCAUUUAGACAUGUUUUCUUCCUUGUCAUCAAUGCGAAACAACCAUGACCAACAUGUUCCCCAAGAUGGUCCAUCUUUGAUGAAUAGCCCUAAACCAACCAGGGUUUUUGAAGAAAUGAAUGGUUAUAUCGAUUCUGAAGAAGACGAGGGAAGUGAAGAUGAUGAUAGCUAUGAUGGUCGGACGCAUAGUCUACCGUAUAUAAAAUACGGUCCAUACACAUGUCCUAAGUGCAAAGGUAUGUUUGAAACUUCACAAAAAUUUGCUGCACAUAUGUCAUCUCACUACAAGACUGAGACGACCGAAGAAAGAGGUCUCAGGAUUCGCGCAAGGAACAAAAACAAAUAUCGUAAACUAGAGAACGAACUUCUUGGCGAAUCUCAGAAGAACAAACAGGAGGAUGGGGCUAGUAGCAGUGGAGUCAGUGGCGAUAAAUCUCUCCAAGAUCUUGUGACGGUAAAGAAAGAGCUUGUUUAGGAAUUCGUUUGAUUACUGUCUUUUUCAGCUUUGCCCCCAAAAAAAAAUGAGUCUAUUUCAGCUUAUAUUAUUUAUAUUAAAAUAAAAUGCAUAUUUUUCCCUUUUUGGCAUUUCAUCAUCUUUGUGGU